AUGGCUGACGCCUUCACGCUCGGCGAGCAGUGGGAGAGAGGGGUCGACGACCACCCUCUGCUCACGGAGACCCUCCACGCGACGGAGGUGGCGAGCUUGCCGCUCUGUUCCGCCGGGCGCCCAACUGGUGGCGGCGCCAGCGGCUAUCGCGGGUUUUUGCGCAGCUCGUCAGCAGUCGCCGGCGCGUGUGUGGCGCCGGCCCUCUUUUUUGCCGUCAGUUGUGCCGCCGAGGCUCUCGCUCGCUAUCGCCUCAGCCGCGCCCUGCAGUGGCGCGAGGCCGCACGGCAGAAGCGAGCGCUGCUCGACGACGUGCGCACCGACUUUGCCCUGCGCGUGCCACGCGAAAUGGAGCUCGAGCCUCGGAUAACGGGGGGCGUCAACGGUGACGUCGAGGUGUGGGCGGUGAAGGCGUCGUUUGCGGUCACCACCAUCUGGCUGGCUCGCCCUCGCUCGGGGUGGAUCUGGAGCGCAGACCUUCGCUCCUGGAAGUCGGUCCACUGCAAGGAUGCGGUCUGCAGCCACGGCAGGUUUGCAGGCCUGGAGCCCGUCCCGAGCAACGUUUGGCUGUUGCGGCGGCUGCGACUGCGCGACGUGAUGAGUGACCCGGUCGUCGGCCCUGCGGGUAUCUCAUACGAGCGCGAGGCGCUGCGCCAGUGGCUGAGCGUGCGCAAGAUCGACCCCACCACGCAGGCUUCACUCGAUAUGGGCGACGUCUACGCCAACUUUAGUCUACGCGGCCUCAUCGCAAGGUGGGCGGCGGGCCAGUCUGGCGGCGGCGAGCCCGAGGUGCAGGCUGAGGAAGAGGCAGCCCAGCCCGAGGGGACAGGUGAGGAGGAGGCGGCGGCGUCAGCCGAGCUGGAGGGGUCGGCGGUGCACGGGCUGAGUGCAGAAGAAGUGGAGAGGAUGACCAGGCUCCUCGAAGAGCUGCACUUGGAGAGGAUCCGGCACGGCACGCCCCCAUCAGGAGUGGCGGAGACGUAG